AUGCACGUCUUCAGUCUGAGGAGGAGCACCCUACAACCGCGACUGUUCCAGCAAGCAUGUCGCCUCGCCUCGACCACAACCACUAGACGUGUUAUUGCGCGCAACAAACGACUCGCCGCUCAACAAUCCACAAAUCCGGCUCGACCUCGAGGUCCGCCACAAGACGAAGAGGAAGAAGCCAUCCGCUGGUUCGAGCAAGAUGCCGACACAGGUGCCACUCGUCGCGUAGCCGGCAAUCCGGAAGAGCUGGAAGCAGCAGAGCUGAGACAGAAGAUUGCUGCGCUGGAGAAAGAGCUCGCUGAGUAUCAGAAUGAAGAAUCGGACGAGGAUAUGCUGGCUGCUCUGGAGCCCGAGGAUCGUGCAAAGGUGGAGAAGGCGCUCAAGGAACGUAAGCAGUACGAGGCAGAUCGCACAGACGGGCUCAAUGUCAGCUUGGACAUGCCGCCCUUGACCGUGCCUCUGCUCAAGAAGUUCAACACCUCUCUUCGCGAAGCUGCUCUCCACCCCAAUCUUGUCACCCGAAGAAAAGAUUUGUGGAGAUGGUAUGGCCGUGCAAGAUACAGCAUUCCUGCUCUUUCGAGCAUGAUGCCCAAGAAGGCCUGGCAACUGCUCUGGGACGUUCAAUCUGUCGAAUCACCUACCAAUCCUGAACGCUUGCAUCACAUGGAGCAACUUCUGCGCGACAUGGCUUCAGCCGAUAUCGACAUCAUGCCCGAUCAGUCCCUGCUUCUCAUUGAAACAUUGCUCUCCCUUGGGAAGUUCGAAGAAGCCAUGGGCUCAUGGCAACACGCUUUCGACGCCACCUCGAACCCCUCCGAGAAUCUCCUCGCCCUCGGUGUGCGACUCUUCUCCAAGAACAACCGCCUGGAAAAGGCCCAAGCUAUCAUGAUGCAGCUGUUCGAGCGCUAUCCCAAGCAUGAUCCUCGCAUCAUCGUACCCAUCCUUACUGCCGAUCUUCGCGCGGGCAAAGACGAAUUGGCUUUCGGCUGUUACAUCCUUCUGAGUCAGAGGCUCGGCGAAGACAUGAAUAUGGAGGACUACGAUGUUGUUUCACUCCNNACCUUCCUACAAUACGGCAAANAAGAUUACGCUCUGGCUGUCUUCCGUGAUAUGAUGUUGCGCGGUCCCAACAAAGAAGUCUCGGAAGGCUUCCUCGGCGCCUCAGGGCAGAAUGAAGCCUACGAGAUAGUUUAUGAGCGUAUGGAGCGCUUGACCGAGGGCAUGAUGAACCCUGCCGAAGUCAACGCCAUGUCUUUGAAGGCUCUGAGUGCUUUGCCUGUACCAUGGCAGAACAAAUUCUUCUACGGCAGCUGGCUCAAGAAGCUGCUCGGAAUGCGUCAACUCGAAGCUGCAACCAAGGUCGUCGAGUUGAUGUACGAACGAGGCAUCGAACCGGAUGCCAAGCAUAUCAACGGACUCAUCGGUGGUUUCUUCCGCUCAGGCGAUCCAGAACUCGAAGACCGCGGUGAACAGAUGGCCUGGAAAAUGAUUCAGCGAAGAUUGGAGUUCACAUACAAACGUCGUUGUGAGAAGAGAGGCGAAACAGUGGAAGAAGUUCCUUCUAUUCGGGAUACCGAAGACGGCGUUGAGCUGCCUGCUCAUCUUACACGUCCUGUGCCCAUCGGAACCAUUGAAACUUACAACGUACUGGCUCUCCACUAUUCCAUCAAGGAGAAAUGGGCGCUCAUCCACCAUCUCGACCGCAUGAGACGUCCUGCAGAAUUCAAGAUGGAUACCGCCUUCUUCAACCACUACCUUAACAUGAUAUUCAACACCUUCCACGACGAGAAGAAGUUGUGGCAGAAAUUCCUCACAGAGGCCAAGCAUGUCUCUCCUGACAUUGAAACCUACAAUAUUCUCUGGACUGCUCAACUCGAGCAUCUCAACCCAAGAAUGAACAAGGAAAAGAAGGCCACCAAGGGUUACCCAACCCCUCGCCAACUAUUCGGCCUCAUGACAUCCUGGUUCAACGGCAAAAGCCUCAAGCACCAAUCUUGGAUCAUGAAAGAAUUCACCCCUACCGUCCACACCAAGAUCAUUUCCAGCUUCUGUCUGAACAGAGAUUUCGCUGGGUGUUUGGUGGCUCUCCAUGGCAUAGCUCGCAUGUACAAAGAAUACCCCGACCCGGAGUUGGCUCGUAUCGUUCUCAUCGCUGUAGCCAACAUGUCGGAGUCCGAGCCUGUCACCAUUCGCGCCCGCAGAGGACGUCAACAGAUCCCCGCGUCUACCAUCCGUCUCAAGAACACAUCCAAAGUCAUGGCAUCACUGGCCAAGAAGCGAGCAGAAGCUGCUGCGGAGAAUGGAAUCGAUAUCACGCGUUUGAGUGUCGAGGCUCGCAAGCAGGAAGCCUUGAAUCUGCUUUCCGAGUUUAUUAGAUUGGUGUUGGUGAGGGUGCACNAAAAUGCUGAUGUGGCGGAGGCCAGUAUCCGGCAGGCUGCUAUGGCAAUGCAGUUGCCGGACAUUGAGACUGGAGACAAGGACUGCUCAAAUGUAGUGUAA